CCAAGUAGGCACGUUCACUUUCCGGGAAGCGGGCCGACUAGGCCGGCGGUUAUCGUGUGCCCUGCCGAGGUCUUGUCUUAGAAUUCCCUAAGUAAAUGGAGUAGGCCGAGAUGGGGGAGAAGUUACCAAACUUAAUUCCAUACUGACAGAAAUGCUACUUCUUUGGAUCCGUGAUUUCGAGUUGGGAGGUGGUUUUGUGAACCCAUUAGAUCGAAAGAUUCUCAAGAAUCGAGGCAUAUCCUCAAUGUUUAGCGCGAUGUCUGGCACAUAAUAGGCGCUUUACGUUCUGUCAUUUCAAUUUUGUUAAAUCCAGGAGCCAGACUGAAGAGUUUAAAAAAAAUACUAAUUAGAGAUUUUAGACUCGAGUGAGAAAAUUGGACUCUUCCGAUAGGACGGAACUCAGCCAAUCAGGAACUAUGUUUAAAUGAGAUGACCGCGAUGGGAUUCCUCACGGGAGGGGGACUUCACACUUCUGAUAGGUUGUGACGUCUGGCAUUCAAAUAAUGGGCAUCAAGGGAGGGACGAGAUCAGUCUAAAACAAAACAAGUAUUGAUUUCAAGGGUCUCCUCUAAUCGUAUCCCUACGCCUGUUUUCCCUCACGUUUUAAUUUUUGCAGCUCUGUGAAAACUAAACCACCAUCCAGUUCUCACAGUUGUACCAAAGAAGAACAACAAACUGAAUACAGAAUAAGGAGCAAGCUUUAUACUGUUCAGUUCCUUACCCCUCCCUUCAAGUUCAGUUUGGUCAGAUAUAUGACUAUACAUUGAAAAAACAGAAUGAAGUUAAUCAGUGAAAAACUGCCUAUGAGUCCCCAAAGUGCUCCAUUCCAGUGUCCUAUCAAGACUCAGAAAUUAAACAAAUGGAAAAAGGAGAAGGAAGAUUAUUACAAUCAUUCGAAAUUAGUGGAAAAGGCAUUACAAUUACUGAAGGAAAGAAUAAAAAAAGGAGAGACUCUGGCACGUUUCCUGCGAGGUCAGCUAUACUUUGAAGAGGGAUGGUAUGAGGAAGCAUUAGAUCAAUUUGAAGAAAUCCAGGAGAAUGAUCAUCAAGCUGUUUACCAAUUGGGAGUUAUGUAUUAUGAUGGGCUGGGGACGAAAGCAAAUCCUGAAAAAGGAGUGGAAUAUAUGAAGAAAAUUCUUGAAUCUCCUUGUCCUAAAACAAGACAUUUAAAAUAUGCAGCUGCAUACAACUUGGGAAGAGCUUAUCAUGAAGGACAAGGUGUUCCACAUAAUGAUGAGGAAGCUGAAAGACUAUGGCUUUUUGCUGCAGAUAAUGGAAAUCCAAAAGCUAGCGUCAAAGCUCAGAGUAUCUUGGGUUUGUACUAUUCUACGAAAGAGCCUCAGGAAUUGGAAAAGGCAUUUUUCUGGCAUUCAGAAGCUUGUGGCAAUGGAAACUUGGAGUCCCAGGGUGCACUUGGUCUUAUGUACUUUUAUGGACAAGGUGUUCAUCAAGAUAUUGAGGCUGCUCUUCAGUGCUUGCGGCAAGCAGCUGACCGUGGAAAUGUCUAUGCUCAAGGCAAUCUUGUCGAGUAUUACUAUAAAAUGAAGUUUUUUACAAAAUGUGUUGCAUUUUCAAAGAGGAUUUCUGAAUAUGAUGUCUGCCAUGAUGUUCCCACAAUAGCCCAAAUGACUGACUGUCUUCCUGAGUACAUAACCAAAGGCAUAGCAAAGGCUUCCUUCUAUUAUGCAAGGUGUCUUCAGCUUGGCUUGGGUAUCACAAAGGAUGAAGCAGAAGCCAGAAAGUGUUAUGCCAAGGCAUGUCAUCUGUGUCCUGCACUAGCUGAUGAACUUUACUCUUUGGUUAUUUGUCAAAAAAUUUAAGCUAUAAUACAUAGUAGCAAAGAUAAGCAACUCCCAAUUAUGUGUGUAUUUUUUAUAGAAGUUUGUAUUUCAAUUUUCUGUAUAACUAAUUAUAGGAAUUGUACUCAGUUGGGCACAUUACUUAUGCUACCAUCUGUAGUCUUCAAGCGCUCUGUCUUUCACAAUGUAAACAAAAAUUAAUGUAAUGAAGUCCUUGGAACCUCAAGUGAUGUACCACCUGGGACUAAAUAGAAAUCAUUUCAUAUAGAAAAACUCAUUUAAGAUAGAGAAGUAGCAGGAUGUGCUCCUUGAAAUUGCUAAUAACUUGUGUUUUUUUUUUUUAAUAUUGUUUACUAUCUUCUGUAUAUUGUUAUUCUAAGUGGACAAAAUAAAAUUGUUUUCUGGUGCAUUCUACUACAGCUGCUACUUUCAUGAUGAGUUGGAAGUAACCAAGUGUGAAGUAAGAUAUUUCUCCUGUGUAUUUUAACCAAAUGCACCUAGUUACUAUUUUAAAAUAUUUUGUGACCUUAACAUGAGUCAAAUUGUUCAACAAUAAAAACUGAAUAAAAAUGC